CCUCCAGCCCGUGGGGGACUCCGGUGUAUUUAUGACCUCAAGUUGAAAUUCUCAUUCCCCCAAAUAUUACGCGUUGGUCUCAAGCUUUCUUUUCGCUCUGCGAUUCCCUCAGCACUCGAUCCGAUCCCUCCCCUUUUCCAAGCCUUCCCCCGGGUAAAUAAAUCUUCUUCUCCGAAUUUCUCCACAGCAUUUCCAUCUCUUCUUUGAUUUUGCAAUUCAAUUUACUACCGACGAUUCCUUUGUUUUUCCAUCUCGCAAGGUUCGAAUCUCGCUGCGAUUUGCUGAAUUUCAGUGUUUAUUCGGAUCAUUCAUAAGAAAGCAUAAUGGGGCUGACGUUCACAAAGCUAUUCAGUCGGCUUUUUGCCAAGAAAGAGAUGCGCAUUCUGAUGGUAGGUCUUGAUGCAGCUGGUAAGACCACAAUUCUGUAUAAGCUCAAGCUCGGAGAGAUUGUCACCACAAUUCCCACCAUUGGUAUGCUCUUUAGACACAUCGCAUUUUUUCUUUUACUUACUGAAUCACUUUCUAGUCGGAGCUUUGAUUGCAGAGGGCCUUUCGGCGUCUCUUUUUGUUGUUAAAGUUUGAUUGUUAAUACUGCUGCGUGGUUUUGAUUUUGUCUUGUUUGCACUAUAAUGAAUUUAGUACUUUUGCGUUCCUGUUAUUCCAUCCAGUUGUUAGAAGGAUAACUAGGACUUCACAAAGUGCAGUACUAGUCAUUAUUUUGAGUGCUUGCGGUAAUACACAUCCAGAUGUUUGUGUUCUAGAUCGAUGGUUCUGUGAGUAUUGAAAUCAUAGCCAGUAAAACGAGAAAUGACCUUCUGAAGAUAGUAGGGCUGAGUAGCAGCCAAAAAUUUUUCAUUAGGGCUGAGUAGCAGCCAAAAAGGUUUCAUUCUUUCUCCUACUGUCCUUCGGAAACAAAUCAAGACUGGGUCUUAAAAGUGUAGGUGGUGCAGAAUUGAUAACAUUGAGUUCCUGUGAAUAGAAAUGUCUUGAAACGGAGUGCAUCUGUUGGCCGAUAUUCACUAUAUGUUGAAAACAGCUAGUUAUUUACCUGAGGUGUACAUGUUAGUGUAGUUGGAUGAUGACUGUACACUUUACUUUUUUAUCAUUAUUGAAAUUCCUUGAAAUUUUGGGAGCAUAAUGGGUUUAAAGGAUGGACUUUCAGUUAAACAUUCUGUUUGCUUUUUGAAUUCUUUUUUGGGGUAACAUGAUGGUAUUUCUGUGCAUCUGAACCUCGGGAACACGUUUUUGCUCAUGUCAGGAUUUAAUGUGGAAACUGUUGAGUACAAGAACAUUAGCUUUACCGUCUGGGAUGUUGGGGGUCAGGACAAGAUCCGCCCCUUGUGGAGGCACUACUUCCAAAACACUCAGGGUCUCAUCUUUGUUGUGGACAGCAAUGAUAGAGACCGUGUUGUGGAGGCUAGGGAUGAAUUACACAGGAUGUUGAAUGAGGAUGAACUGCGAGAUGCAGUAUUACUUGUGUUCGCUAACAAACAAGAUCUGCCCAAUGCAAUGAAUGCUGCUGAAAUAACUGACAAGCUUGGCCUACAUUCCCUCAGGCAGCGUCAUUGGUACAUCCAAAGCACUUGUGCCACUUCCGGAGAGGGGCUUUAUGAAGGGCUGGAUUGGCUCUCAAACAAUAUUGCUAACAAGGCGUAAAGUGAUCCGGAGCUAUUUUGAUGGGUGUAUCCUGGAUGCAGGUGGCUUUUUAUCUAGUUUUUCUUUCUCCCGGAAGUGUGGUUGCUCUUGGAUUUCAGUUUUUAAGUCAUUUCAUUUUUGUUUCUAAAGUGGAGUUGACUACACUUGGUUCUAUGUAAUUGCAAAGUGCUUGUCUAGGUUUGAAUAUAUAUUUCAUUUAAGUAUUAGCUUGUAAUUUUAACAGAUAUUAAAUUGUUACGGUAAUGGGUUUGUUUUGCUCCAUUCCUUCCGUCUUCCCUUUUCCUUCUCUUUAUUCGAUUUCCCAUUGCCGAGCAUACUGUUGUCGAUUUAAAUAACUUGAUCUUUCUCCUCGAUGCCUAAUCUUUGCUGAUGAGCAUAUUAGCGUGGUCAAUUUAGUAGUUGAACGCUGCAGAACUAUUUAUUAAUCAAAACUUGAACGCACUGUACAACCGUUUUGACCUAAAAUAGACGGCCAGCGUUUGCUUGACAUUGUCCUAAACCAUUUUGACCUAACUUUAUUAAUGAUUGCCACUCGCAA